AGAGGUAGUCCAAUGAAUUUAUUGCAGAGUCCAAAAAAAGAAACAAGAGACUUUCAAUAUAUAAGGACAUUUUGAUUUAAAACCAUGUCAUUGCACUUUGAGGUUGCACUUUGAACAUUCAAAAAAGCUAAAGACCAAAAUUUACAAGAGACACACAAAUACUACAAUUGAUUCCAAACUCACAUUCCAUCUAUAGCUUAGCUUCUUUUCAAGACAAAAAGUUUCACUCUCAAAAAACAUCUUUUACUAUUUGCACCUCCAACACCUACUUUCAAACCUACUCAAUUUUCACAACAAAGAUUCUUCUACUCAUUUUCAUGGCCUACAAUGCUGAAACAUAUGGCUAUAGUUCAAGGAGAAGAGAUGAAUCAGAUUUCAAUUUGAGAGAAUGGACAAUGAAAGCAAGAAUUAGUAGAGAGAAUAACAACACUAUUAAUUCUAGAAGAUAUUCAGGUUCUUAUAUGAGAAGUUUUAGAGAAGAUACAAGGUCUCAUAGAUCAAACAUAACCAUUUCCAGUACUGCUUCUUCACCUGGAUACCCUUUUAAAGAUGAAAUUGACCCUUCAACAUAUUCUUUUACCACUGCUCUUAAAGCAUUACAAGCAAGGGUAAGCUAUAACAGUUGGGAGUGUUCAUCACCAGAAGGGUUUGCUUUAAAUUCAAAGUGGAAUGAAGCAGAAAAGUAUAUAUGCAAUCCACUUUCAGGGGAAGUACCAAUGGAAUGUUUAUCUGCAAAAACUCUUAGUGGAAGAUCCUUUAGACACUCAACAAACAGAAUUACAAUGUCUGCUCCUCUAGUUUAUUCUUCAAGACAUAUUCAAAUUAAACCAUCAGUUUACUCAGAUGAAGAUGUUUCUCUUCAAUUUCCAAUUCCAGAAAAGAAGAAAGAAGGAAAGACAAGAGAUGUAGGGACUCAAAGCACACCUAAUUAUCUUAGUUCAAGUAGUCCUAGCCCUACAUCAACUCCAUCUAUCAUAGAGAGGUCAAAAACUAGAGCUGUAGACUCACCUAAUUCAAAUUCAAAUGCUAAAACAAAAUCUGAAGAAGAGGUUGAUGAGGUGAAAGAUAAUUAUGAAACAUGGGAGACACCAAGAGAAAAGAAUGAGUGGAGAAAGAAAGAAGAGAAAAAACUUUGCAAGCAAGUAGGGUGCUUUUCAUGGAUGAUGACAAAGAAAAGACAUAGAGUAAGAAAUAAAGAUGAUAAAGAAAGAAGAACAUCUUUUUCACAUAUCACUUCAAAGGGUUGCUAAAGAAAAAAUGUGAUAAUUAAAGAGGAUGGAUGUACUUGAAUGAAUCAUGAUGGUUUGUGAGAUUCUCAAAUUUCACUUUCACUUGACCUAUUUUUUGAAAUGCCUUUUUUUUAUAUAUAACAAAAGUUUUAACCUAA